CGCCCUGGUGACGACUGACUGGAGACGUAUAAAUAUUCACACCCCGCAUUUUGGACCACUUCUUUCUCUCACCAGACUCAUAAAAGUCAACCUGUGAGAGUGCAUUACUAAAAACCUUCCUCUUUCUUCAUCUCUCGGAACUCCCAAUUUUACAAAUAUGCGUGAGUGUAUCUCUGUGCACGUUGGUCAGGCUGGUGUCCAGAUCGGCAAUGCAUGCUGGGAGCUCUAUUGUCUUGAGCAUGGCAUUCAGCCGGAUGGCCAGAUGCCCAGUGAUAAGACCAUUGGUGGAGGUGAUGAUUCCUUCAACACCUUUUUCAGUGAGACUGGAGCAGGAAAGCACGUACCCAGAGCUGUGUUUGUAGAUCUGGAGCCCACUGUCAUUGAUGAGGUUCGCUCUGGAACUUACCGUCAGCUGUUCCACCCCGAGCAGCUCAUCACAGGAAAGGAAGAUGCUGCUAAUAAUUACGCUCGUGGUCACUACACCAUUGGGAAGGAGCUUAUUGAUCUGGUAUUGGACAGGAUUCGCAAACUGGCUGACCAGUGCACAGGCCUCCAGGGUUUCUUGGUCUUCCACAGCUUUGGUGGUGGAACCGGUUCUGGUUUCACCUCUCUGCUGAUGGAGCGCCUCUCUGUUGACUAUGGCAAGAAGUCCAAACUGGAGUUCUCCAUCUACCCAGCUCCCCAAGUCUCUACUGCUGUGGUCGAACCCUACAAUGCCAUUCUCACCACCCACACCACCCUAGAGCACUCUGACUGUGCCUUCAUGGUAGACAAUGAGGCCAUUUAUGAUAUCUGCCGUAGGAAUCUCGAUAUCGAGCGUCCUUCCUACACCAACCUUAACCGGUUGAUCAGUCAGAUUGUGUCCUCCAUCACAGCCUCUCUCAGGUUUGAUGGUGCCCUCAAUGUCGAUCUUACCGAGUUCCAGACCAACUUGGUGCCCUACCCUCGUAUUCACUUCCCAUUGGCUACAUACGCCCCAGUGAUCUCCGCAGAGAAGGCUUAUCAUGAGCAGCUCUCUGUUUCUGAAAUCACUAAUGCUUGCUUUGAGCCAGCCAAUCAGAUGGUGAAAUGCGACCCACGUCACGGCAAGUACAUGGCUUGCUGUCUGCUGUACCGUGGCGACGUGGUGCCCAAAGAUGUGAAUGCUGCAAUUGCUGCCAUUAAGACAAAGCGUUCCAUCCAGUUUGUGGACUGGUGCCCAACUGGUUUCAAGGUUGGUAUUAACUACCAGCCACCCACUGUGGUUCCAGGCGGUGAUCUGGCUAAAGUACAGAGGGCCGUGUGCAUGCUGAGCAACACCACAGCUAUUGCUGAGGCCUGGGCUCGUCUGGAUCAUAAGUUUGAUCUGAUGUAUGCCAAGCGUGCUUUUGUUCACUGGUAUGUGGGUGAGGGUAUGGAGGAGGGAGAGUUCUCAGAGGCCAGAGAGGACAUGGCUGCCCUGGAGAAAGAUUAUGAGGAGGUUGGAGCUGAGAGUGUGGAAGGGGAGGAAGAGGGGGAAGAAUAUUAGGUUUUCUCCUGUUGUUUCUUGAAUGUUUCCUGUAUGUCACUUUUACCUGUUCUUUUUAUUCUUCAACUUGAUAAAAGCUCAUACUUACUUUUAUGCUAAUAAAGUUUGUAUUGCUUGUAAACUGUCUGUGUGUCAUUUUGAGACACCUAUGGCUUGUAGGGUGUUUUUAACAAUGACCAUUGUAUAACAUGACUUGUUGAAUUUUCAAAACUACAAUUAGUCCACACAAGUUUAGCAAACAUGUUUGUUGCGUUUUUUGUCAUUAACUUUGAUUGCAAAGAACAUUGUGAGUGAGUCAAAAAUAUCAUAAUAUGACAAAUGAUAGAAUCCUGGAUGUCAAGUUUAUUUGACCAGUUUCCAUAAUUGUUUCUAGGCCCAUACAAUGUCUUGACCAAGAACUAUUUGAUUAUUGGUUUGCUUAGAAAAAGCCCAUAUUACAUGGGUUUAUAGAAUACCUACAUUGUUCUGUAAGGCCUAGGCAAAUAAGAGCUGCCUGUUUGAAGUAUUAAAUCUAGAAGGCAGUGUUGCAGUGUAAAUGUUGGUUGGAUUGGUGUCCGCUUAUGCCAUUACUUAAUAGUAUUGUUGAAGGAUUGGCAAAAGAGCCGCUAGUUAAUGCAAGUGAAUGUACUUGCAGUGUACCAGGGUAAGAGACACUGAGAGACCACUUCACCACCCUAAUCUAAAUUGGUCUUGGCAUUCAGACCCUGUUGGGGAGGAUAUGUCAGACUGGGGGACAGGUGGAGUUUAAAUAUAUAUUCUUUGUUCUCCCUUGUUUGCCUCUCCUUGGACAUAUGUCACAAUAUUAACAGUAGCCAAGUCUCAAGUAUUUAAGUGAUCAGUAGGGAAAUUGGUCAAACUACAGAUAAUUCUUCGAUAUGUAAGGUUACAACUAGGGAUGCACCGAUAGGAUUUUUUAGGCCGAUACCGAUUUAGACAGACAACUUCUGGCCGAUACUGAUGCUGAUACCGAUAUUAAACACUUGUAUACAAUACUAUACAGUUGGUCUAUUAGCUAGUAUUUUUCUGCAUCAAAUUAUUAUUACUGAACAUGGAUUGGAUCUAAUUAACAUUCAACUUACCAACAUAAUAAGAGAGACACAAAUUAAGCUAAAAAAUAUAAUAAGACAGCAUGACAACCUUCAAAGGUGGUGUUUGCUAUUCAGCAUUUAUUUUAUUAACAUCAUUAACUCAUUUUUUACAUAUAAUGGAUUUCUUUAUGCAGUUAAUUAAUAAACAAUCGAUAUCGGCCUUUCUCGUGCUAUUGCCGAUAUGCCGUGGUUUCAAAUUCAUCAAAAAACGGCCGAUAAAUAUCGGCGGCCGAUACAUCGGUGCAUCACUAGUUACAACGAUAGGUUGUAAGUUAAGAAAAGUCAAGAAAUGAGUGUUGCAGUUAAAAAAAAUUUAUUUGAAUUAAUGUUUGUAGUUUGUAGUGAAUUUAUUAUUUCCAUGUUGUGCUGGGUAUACUCUUAACAAAAUACAGCUGACAUGAAGGAACUUGCAAUGAAGAAAGCAUCAAAUAAGUCAUGAAAUGUAUCAAACAUGCUGACUGUUUUUCUUUUUAAUAAGCAAAAUGUACUGCAUUUGCAAAUUAAAUUACAGAAACAAUGAA